CACAAUUUCUUCACUUUUACACCACGAUCCCCUCCUUCUCUUCCUCGUGUGCGGCGGCCGCAUCUGCCAGACUGCCACCGAUGGACCUCGUCGAUUCUGUUAUGGUCUAGUACUACACUUGCUGUAUGAUUAGGCUCCGGGAGCAGUAAUGGCUAAUUCAUAUGUUUGGCUGAGUCUGGUUGAGUUGCAAGCCCAUGCGUUUUACUGGGAGUUGUUGAGCUUGAGGCCUUGUACGAGUGAACUAUAAACUCCGCCGUUACCAAUUGGAUCGGCAGGCAAUAACAGAAACCUGUGUCUCUCCCUCCUUGACCCUGUCUUCUUGCUCUCGCCGUUCCUCUCGCCUCCCCUGUUUCCACUCGAUUUGCCUCUCUGGUGAAUCCUAUCCAGAAAGGGACAUGACAGAUUCAAGCGGUGGUAGCACGGGGGAGGACCAACACCCUACGCCUUUGGGGGAGGGACAGAUGAUGCCGCUGCUGGUUUCAUCCCCAUCGCCAGGAUGGGUGCUGUCGCCACCGACCGCAUCUCAUGAUCCUCUUUCUUGGACUCUGCACUCUUCUCCUUUACAUUCUCCUCUGCAGUUGCAUCAUACCGUUGCUGAUGAUGGAAACCUGCUGGAGUACGACGUCGAACAGAUGAUUUCAGCCUCGCUUUUGUUCCAGUCCUCGCCUCAAGCUCUGUCACCGCAGUCAUGGUCACCCAUGUUGGUUGAUGGGCUGUGGAGCUUCGACGACCUGCAAGUUUCACCUACGGAGAUGGACCCUGGUGCCGUAGAGGCCAAUCAUGCCGCUGCAGAAGUGCUGACCGUGCAACGCGCCCGAUGUGCUGGCUCAGAUACGUCGUGCCUGCUCAAGGAGAGGCUUACACAGGCUCUCAGGUACUUCAAGGAGUCAACAGAUCAGCAUGGGUUAGUUCAGGUUUGGGCACCUGUGAAGCACGGGGACCGCUAUGUGCUGACCACUUCCGGACAACCCUUUGUCCUUGACCAUCAGAGCAUCGGGCUUCUUCAGUUCAGGGCAGUAUCUAUGAUGUAUAUGUUCUCUGUAGAUGGUGAUAAUUACAGGGGCCUGGGGCUACCGGGUCGAGUGUACUGGCAGAAAGCACCGGAAUGGACACCCAACGUUCAGUACUACUCCAGCGUUGAGUAUCCUCAACUGAACCAUGCCAUAAGUUUCAAUGUCCAUGGUGUUGUUGCCUUGCCAGUGUUUGAUCCGUCUGUGCAGUCAUGUGUUUGUGUUAUCGAAGUUGUAAUGACAUCGAAGAAGAUCAACUAUGCGGUGGAGGUUGAUAAGAUCUGCAAAGCACUUGAGGCAGUUAGUCUCAAGAGCACGGAAAUAUUGGACCAUAGUCCCUGGCAGAUAUGUAAUGAAGGGCGUCAAACUGCUCUGGUGGACAUAUUGGAACUCCUAGCAAUUCUCUGUGAAGAGCUCAAGCUUCCCUUGGCUCAAACCUGGUUUCCUUUGGAUCAAGAAAGUCAAUGCGACACCAAGAGAUGCAUAUCUACAAGUGAUGGAGCAUUUCAUGUUGUGGACCCUGGUAUGUGGGGAUUUCGAGAUGCCUGUGUAGAGCAUCACCUACAGGAGGGACAAGGAGUACCUGGAAAAUCAUUUUACUCUCGUAGGCCAUGUUUCUCCAAGGAUGUCAGGCUGUUCAGUAAACUGGAGUAUCCCAUUGUACACUAUGCACGUAUGUUUGGAUUAGCUGGUAGUGUUGCACUCUGCGUACAGAGUUUUUACACCAGGAAUGAUGACUAUAUACUGGAGUUCUUCCUGCCACCUGAUUGCGGAGACAAUGAUGACCAGAAGGCUCUGUUACAGUCUAUUUUAACUUUGGUCACGCAGGGUUUUCGCAGUUUAAGGGUAGUCGGUGAUGCUGACUUGAGUAAAAUUUAUUCUCGAAGUCUUUUGCAUACAGAUGAGAAUGAAAAACCCAAGAACACAUUUGGCCAAUCUGAAGGUUUCCAUUGUUCAUCGCCCUGGAUAAAUACUCAUGAUGGUUUGGGAGUCCAAAAACUAAACAGGAAGAAGAAAGGAGUUGCAGUGAAGCAGGACUCAAGGAAUAUGUGCAGUGUUCGUCUACAGAGUUUGAAGCCUCGAAAGAACCCCAAGAGCCCUCUUGUUCGCAGCCACUACAGAUUAGAGAAUUUGUUGAAAAUCCCAACGAUCCAUCAUCUAUAAAUAAUGAUAGUGGGGUUGACAGUGACCUCAUUGAGCUAAAUAACAAGGAUGUGGAAGUUGAACCAGGUGAUGUGUCAACAAAGCGCAGAAAGUUAAAUGUGUCACCAAAGCGCCGAAAGUUAAAAUCAAAAGCCUGGCUUCAUUUCACAAUGGUUGAAGAAUCUGGCUUUCUUAACGCAAAAUGCAAACACUGUGGCAAGCUGUAUAAAGCUGAUUCAAAAAUAGAUGGUACUUCUCGCCUACUGAGACAUUUGAAGGUUUGCAAACCUCUAGUGCUUGCCAAUCAAGAAGCGAUCGGCACCCACAACCGAGGCAAACAUCUAGUGCUGUCUGAAUGUCGGGAAAUUGUUCACGACAAAGUGCCUAAUGAGGUCAUUGUCCUGGAUUCUCAAUUCUCAGAGGACACAGUUUGUACGAUAUCUAGAAUAGAAGAGCAGUUGUUUGACAAGAUUAACUCAGCACCAGAGGAAGAGAUUCUAGUGCAAAUCGAUAAUGUGGCCUUACAGAAAAAUGUAAUGAAAAGCCUAGCAGAUCCCAAGUUGGAGGAUGGACCACAAAAGUACUUACAAGAUGAUGUGAGUGCAUUCAUUUGAAAGUUUGUUAUCUGUAAAAGUACAUAUCAAAACUAACUGAACUU